UCGCAAAUUGUAUCCAUAAUAUCGUAAAUAAUGGAUUAUAAAUUGUUUGUCAUAUUUAUAAUGACAUUAAAUAUGCGCCAAAUAUUUGGUGCAUUUCAAUACCCAGCGGUCAAAAGAGACGAUAGCUUUUCUAAAGACUAUUUCGGCACAACUGUGAAAGAUCCGUACCAGUGGUUAGAAUUUCCGGACACCGAUGAAACCAAAAAGUUUGUUACCGAUCAAAACGCUGUCACUAAACCAUACGUUGAGACCAAUCCAUACCGAAAAGAAAUCACCAAAAAUGAUGGGACGACAUCUCUUCAGUUCACCUCAUUCUCCAAAGACGGCAAAUACUGCGCCUAUGGUAUCAGUAAAGGCGGCUCCGAUUGGAUCACUAUUAAAAUCAAAGACACGGAAACAUUGGUCGAUUUGACGGAUGAAUUGAAAAAAAUCAAAUUCUCGUCCACUUCUUGGACUCACGACAAUCUGGGCUUCUUUUAUGCGCAAUACGACGAGUACGACGGGACGGGUGAGGGAACUGAUCCGGAACCGCCAAAGAAUCAGAAACUAUUCUACCAUAAAGUGGGAACACUGCAGACCGCGGACAUCAUGAUCACUAAAUUUGUAGAUAAACCCGAUUGGCUAAUAGGAACACCAGUAGUGAGCGAUGACGGGAAAUACGUGCAUAUCUUCCCACAGGAGGGCACGUCGACCAGCGCCUGGUAUUACGCAAAACUGGUCACUCCGGUCGCCGCAGAGCUGACCUUCACUGCCGUCAAAGACAAAUCGGACGGCGAGUACUAUUACGUGACCAGCGAUGACAACUUGGUUUACUUGCGAACCAACAAGAAUGCCCUUAAAUUCCGUGUGGUUAGAGUGGAUCUCGAUAAACCGGAUGAGGCCAAUUGGGAAAACAUAGUCCCCGAACACGCCAUCAGUGUAUUGAAUGACGCGGUGGCCGUCGCUAAUGACUAUCUGGCCGUCGUAUACAUGAGAGAUGUCGUGCAGAUCAUUGAAAUACAUAAUCUCAAUGAUGGCAGAUAUCUGUGGGAUAUCGACACUCCCAUCGGCACAGUUGGUGGUCUCAGUGGUGAUCGAGACGGCAAAGAAUUAUUCUACAAAAUGACAUCGUUUCUCAAUCCCGGGAUUAUAUAUCGAUACGAUUUCAACACUAAUCCCAACACUAUUAGCGUGUUCAAGUCAUCGGUGAUCGCGGGUUUGGAUACGAGUGAAUUCGAGACCAAUCAGGUCUUCUAUGCGAGCAAAGACGGCAAAGUGAAAGUUCCCAUGUUUUUGGUCCACAGGAAGAAUAUCAAACUCGAUGGCUCUAAUCCCACCCUAUUGUACGCUUAUGGAGGCUUCAACAUCAAUAUUCAGCCAGGAUUUGAUCCGUUGGGCACUUUUUUCAUUAAACACUUAAAUGGUAUCUACGCGGUGGCCAAUAUCAGAGGCGGCGGUUGGCACGAGGGAGGGAUGCUAUUGAAUAAGCAAAAUGUUUUCGACGACUUCGCCUCUGCGGCCGAGUAUUUGAUUAAUAAGAAAUAUACGCGAAGAGACCGACUUACAAUCAAUGGUCGUUCAAACGGCGGUCUAUUAGUGGGUGCCGUCAGUAACCAGAGACCAGAUAUCAUCGGCUGUUCGUUGGCUAAUGUCGGAUACUCUCCAUUGCAUGCCAUACCACAGGCCGCCACUCAAUACCCAGCGAUGCUUGUAUUGACAGCGGAUCACGACGACCGGGUAGUGCCCGCGCACUCAUACAAAUAUGCGGCACAAUUACAGUAUGAAUUGGGGUCCAAACUGGCCGACACUCCCCUUAUGAUAAGAAUCGACACCAAUUCUGGUCACGGCGCUGGAAAACCCAUCUCUAAAUGGAUCGAAGAAUACACUGAUAUCGUGUCCUUUAUAUUGAAUUCGUUGAAAAUUGAUUACAAGAGUCAGAGUGUUGUCAAGCGAUAU